UUUCGCCCACGGCCCACGAUUCUGGCAUCACUGUUAUACACCUUGUAACUGCUUUCGCCCACGGCCCACGAUUCUGGCAUCACUGGGUGGAACAGAGUGAGAACGUAAACACUGACUAGCCAACAUCUCGUGAACGCACAGUACAUAAUCGUGGCAUUACAAUACAACUGCAAUUAGUGCUUAAAAUGAAUACUGAAGAAAUUAUUGAUUUCACUGCCCUAGAACCAGUUAUUCAGACUCUCAUAAAGAAGGGUGUAGCAGUACGUGAGUACUCUUAUUCACCAUAUAGUAAAUUUAAAGUUGGAGCUGCAAUACUUUGCAAUGAUGGGACCAUUUUCACUGGAUGCAAUGUAGAGAAUGCAUCUUACCCUGUCUCCACAUGUGCUGAAAGGACAGCUAUUGUCAAAGCAGUGUCAGAAGGGAGAAGAAACUUUAAAGCCUUAACAGUGAUAGGCGACCAAGAAAAUAAUUUUACUACUCCAUGUGGCUUUUGCAGACAAGCUAUAGCAGAAUUUGGUGAUAUAACAAUUUAUUUAACAGGGCCUGAGAUGAAAACUGUAUUAAGAACUACAGAAAGCAGCUUAUUACCUCGUGCCUUUGGCUUAGGAAAUGUAGAAAAAUUGCAUUAA